AUGAACAUUUGGUUUUUUAUAAUAACAGUAUCUUCAUUAAAUUUGUCAAAAAGUUGUUAUCAAGAAAACAAGCUUCAAGAAAAAAAACAAAUUGUGACAAAUUUAUUGUUUGAAAUUCAUGAUUUAAUUACUUCAUAUAAUUUAAGCAAAAUUGAAAGAAAUGAACUUGAUAAAGUCCUAUUUUCUUAUAUUAAUUUAAUAUCAUCAUUCAAUUGCUGUUGUAUUGACGAUUGUGAAUAUAAUUCUUUUAUAACUGGUAUUGUUAAAGGCCUAGGAGGAUAUUUUAGUAAAAUUUUUUAUUAA